AUGCCUUUCAGCGUGACUGCAUUCAAUAGGGACACGGGAUUCGUCAUCGUACCAUCGACAGACCCAACAGCCUGGCAACAAUUCCGACACCGACCCUGUCUUUUCCUCGCCCGCAAGCUCUCUGCCUGGCGACCAGCCAACCGCCCCGACCUGCCUGAAAAACCUAUCACUGUAGUCUGUAUUGCAAACGCCCACAGACAGCGACCAGUGAUACCGCAUGGUGACAUUCUGAUCUAUGCUGGUGGGUUGGCAGCAGAUGGAUCGCUCACCGAACUCCAAGCCACGCUGGACUGGCUACGAUCUCAGCCUCACUACACUAAAAUCGUUGUGGCGGGCAGAUCUGACCGGUAUCUUAACGUAUUCAAGAAGGGGGGUGACCGCUGGAGAUAUGGAUAUCACAAUGCGGCACAAUGGAGCGACAUCAUCUAUCUGGAACACGAGCAUGUCACAGUGACUGCUCAGAAUGGACGCCAACUCCAGAUUUUUGGAAGCCCAUACUCACCAAAGACUGUUCCGUUCCCGGCCUUCCAGUACCCUGAGACUGAUAAUAUUUGGGACCAAAUCCCUGGCAGCGUGGACAUUCUCAUCACUCACACACCACCAUACACGCACCGCGACUCUCUCCAAGGAUGCUGGCAUUUGUUGGAGCGGCUUUGGAGGGAUCCUCCCCGACUGCAUGUUUUUGGCUGUUCUCUUGAGAAUUAUGGCUCUGAACUUUUGCAUUAUGAUGCUCUUCAGGAGGCCAUGGAGCGCAUUGAGGCUGCCGGUGGGGGCUUUGUCAAUCUUCUGAAGGUGCUCAAAGCGCUUGUACAGUCCUUUUUCCGUCCUAGCAUCAAAGCUAAGACUGCGCUCGUGAACGCAUGCAUUGAAGGGGGAUUGUGGCAUCCCGGACGCCAACCAAUCACGGUUGUUAUUUGA